AUGAUUAUCUUCCUAGUGUUUCAUGAAAUUGUAAAUGAUAAACCUAUUCCUAUUCAACAAUCCACUUCACUUCAAAACCAUCAUGUUGUUGCUAAUACUCCCAUUCAAUCAACAGCCAAUAGUCAAUCCACACAAACUAAAUUACCUCUAGUAAACGUUAAUAAGUCACCAAAAUUGUUGCCCCAAGAUAUUAGUCAAACUAUUAGCAAAGUUGAUGACGAACAAUUAACUACUACUGACACUAUAAAUGAACCCGAACCUGCAUUAGAAAAUGAAAUUACAACAAAUGGUGUAGAUAAAGCUCAAAAGACCAACAAUGAACAAGUUAAAAACACUAUUCAAGAACCUGUUAAAAAACUUACUUCAAUUACAUGGGCAAAUUUAGCUGCAAAUAAUGCUGAUAAAUGGAAUAAUGAAGCUUUGUUAGACCCUAAAGGACAUGUGACAACUGUUACUACUCCUAUAGUAAAAAAUCAAAGAAACUCAUUACAGCAACAAAAACGUGAUAAUCAUGAUAGUCAUGAUCGUUCUCAAGAUGGACAAAGAAUUGGUGUUCGUCGUGUCAGUGAAACAGGAUUUUCCAUCUAUGUCAAAGGUGUUAAACCUGGUAUGACUUAUGAUUUAUUGAAGGGUAAAUUUUCAAAAUUUGGUAAUGUUAAACAUCUUGACGUUGUUCCUACAAGAAAUUGUGCAUUUGUAGAAUAUUCUUCAUCAGAAGCAUAUCAGUAUGCCCUCAAUGCAAAAUCUAUUGAGGUGAAUAAUGUCACUCUUUAUAUUGAAGAACGUCGACCCCCUCGACGCAAUAAUUAUAAUAAUAAAGGUGUUCAACAACAUAAUAGAAAUUAUUAA